AUUUAAAAAAAAAAAAGAAGAAAUUAAUGAUGCAAAGUCGAGAUAAAGCGACGACCUGAGGUCUUUAUUUGGUCACUUCAUGUUUAUUAUUCAUUUCUGCCAAUCUUUUCAACCUUUUCCUCUUAAUCGAUCUGCUUGCUUGGUGUUCUGUUUUUCAAAGAUGGCUGAACAAAUUCCAUAUGGUGUUGCUACAAGCCUCGUUAACAGGUUGGCUUCUGCAGCUUUUCGUGAAUUUGGACGGAUUUAUGGUGUUAUGGAUGAGCUGGAAAGGCUUAAGAGUACAGUUGAAUCCAUCAAAGCUGUGCUAGUUGAUGCCGAGGACAAACAAGAACAAAGUCAUGCUGUCCAAAUUUGGAUAAAAAGACUCAAAGAUGAUGUACUUCAUCCUGCUGAUAACUUGCUUGAUGAAUUUGUUAUUCAAGAUAUGAAACACAAAAUGGAUGAAACAACUAAGAACAAAGUGACCAAGGUACUUGUUUCUUUAUCUCCAAACAAAGUUUCUUUUCGCCGAAAAAUGGCUCAUGAAAUUGAAAAAAUACAAAAAAAACUUAAUGAUGUGGUGAAAGAUAUGUCUGGGUUGAAUCUAAACCAAAAUGUUGUGGUGGUUCAGAAAACUAGUAGUGUGAGGAGGGAAACAAGUUCUUUUGUGUUAGAAUCAGAUAUCAUUGGAAGAGAAAAUGAUAAAAACGAGGUAAUAAACUUGUUGAGACAACCUCAUGGAAACAACAAUGUCUCCACGGUUGCUAUUGUUGGAAUUGGUGGUUUGGGAAAGACGGCUCUUGCUCAAUUGGUAUAUAAUGAUAGUGAAGUAAAAGAGAUUUUCGAAAAGAUCAUGUGGGUAUGUGUCUCUGAAAACUUUGUUGUCAAAACCAUUGUGCAGAACAUGUUGGAAUCAUUAACACAAAGCAAAAUUGAUGGCACAUUACCAUUGGACAACUUGCAAAAUAUGGUUCAUGACAAAUUAUUUGGUAAGAGAUACUUGUUAGUUCUGGAUGACAUUUGGAAUGAGAAUUUUGAAAAAUGGGGUCAGUUGAGGAGUUACUUAAUGUGUGGUGCUCAAGGCAGUAAGAUUUUAGUGACAACUCGUAGUAAAACAGUGGCACAGACAAUGAGUGUAAGUGACCCCUAUGUUUUGAAUGGUUUGAGUCAAGAAGAAUCAUGGGAUUUGUUAAAGAAGAUUGCAUUUGGGGAUGGUACCAUUGAGGUGAAUCGGUCUUUUGAAUCAAUUGGUAAGAAGAUAGCUAAAAAGUGUAGUGGUGUACCACUAGCAAUCAGAACACUAGGAGGCCUAUUACAGGGUAAUAGGGAGGAAAAGGAAUGGAUUGAUAUUUUACAAGGUGCAUUUUGGAAGUUAUGUGAAGACGAAGAAAGCAUCAUGCCAGUGUUGAAAUUGAGUUACCAAAACCUGUCUCCUCAACUACGACAAUGUUUUGCUUAUUGCUCUUUAUAUCCUAAGGAUUGGGAAAUAGAGAAUGAUGAGUUGAUUCAACUAUGGAUGGCACAAGGUUAUCUUGAAUGUUCAGAUGAAAAUCAGUCCAUCGAAGACAUCGGUAACCAAUUCGUGAAGAUUCUCUUGAUGAAGUCUUUUUUCCAAGAUGCUCAACUUGAUAAUGAUAAUUCUGAUAUAGUUAGUUUCAAAAUGCAUGAUUUAAUACAUGAUCUUGCAAUGCAAGUAGGCAGCAACGAUUGUUGUUACUUGGACAGUGAAACAAAAAGAGUUGUAGGAUGUCCCAUGCAUAUAAUGUUGAAAAGUGAUGCUUUUGGUUUGUUGGAGUCAUUGGAUGCAAACAGGAUGCAAACUUUAAUUUUGUUGACUACAAAGGAGUUGAAUGAGAAGGAAUUGACUGUCAUCUCAAAAUUCAAAUACUUACGUGUCUUGAAGUUAUCAGGUUGUUCUUUAGGUAAGUUGUCUGAUUCAAUUGGAAAGUUGAAGCAUUUAAGAUAUCUUCAGUUGUUCGAAUGCAAAGGACUAGGAAGUCUUUCCAAAUCCAUCAGCAAUCUUGUUUGUUUACAAACACUAAUAUUAGAUGAUUUUGAAGAAGUUGAAUUUUCGACAAAAGAUAUCUCAAAACUAAUCAAUAUGAGACAUUUUUGUAUUGCAAAUUUAAAAGCUUCGGAACCAAAGAAGACAACUUCUCGAUUUGGAAAAUUGAAUGUGGGGCGACAAUAUAAUUGUGUCAUUUUUUCAAAUUGGUUUUCUCCACUCACAAAUAUUGUUCAAAUCUCUCUCGAUGGUUGUGAUGGUUUGAAGCAUCUCCCACCAAUGGAACGUCUCCCGUUUCUUAAGUCACUUAGUAUACACACACUUAAUGAAUUGGAAUUCAUAUAUUAUGAAGAGCCUCUUUUAUCUGAAUCAUUUUUCCCAUCUUUGGAGAAAUUAAAAUUUUUUGGAUGUCCAGAACUGAGGGGAUGGAGGAGGAUGCGGGAUGAUGUCCAUGAUGAUGAUACCUCGGUUACUUCUUCACAGUCAUACCAUCUCUCCUUUCCUCGUCUUUCUGAAUUAACUAUUUAUGGAUGUUGUAAGUUGACUUACAUGCCUACUUUUCCAAAACUUGAUCAGAGAUUGAUUUUAACAUAUUCUAAACUGGAGGUAUUGGAAGCGACAUUAAACAUGGUAGGUUCAAAGUGUUCGAUUGAAUUCCCUCCUCUUUCCAUGCUAAAAUACUUGAGUAUUGGUGGAUAUGAUUUGAAUGUGGAAAAACUCCCAAAGGAUUGGGUGCUAAAUCUGACUUCUCUCAAGGAACUUGUUUUUUGUAAUCUUCCAGAUCGAACAUUUCAAAAAAUUGGAAUUUGGUUUAAUGACAACCUCAACUAUCUUCCUUUCUUGGAAAGUAUCACAUUUUCAUCUGUUAAAGGUCUAAAGGGAUUGCCAGAUUGGGUUUGCAACCUUUCAUCACUUCACCGUAUCACAUUUUUGGACUGUAAAGUUUUAGCUUCGCUGCCCGAAGGAUUGCCCCGCCUUGCCAAAUUACAGACCCUAAAAAUCGUUGAUUGUCCCGAUUUAAUUGAAGAAUACAAAAUGCAAACAAGUGAAACAUGGCACAAAAUUGCUCACAUCCCAAACAUAAUCCUAAAGAUAUCUUCUUAUUAAAGCUGAUGUCAUCUACAUGUGCAUGAAUGGUGAUGGAAAUGUAGCAGCAAUUGAUCUGGUUAUCGCUACUGUUGUGCUGUGUGUGGAUGGAUUAGUUCAUGCCUGUAUUAAUUGGAUCAUUGAGUAAAGGUGAUAAGAGAUAUGGCUUUGCCUCCUUCAAUGCUAGUGUCUCUCGAAAUAGUUGAUGAUGGUGUAUCUCAAUAGUUGCUAAUGUAUCUCGAGAUCAUCAUAAGUUGUUGUAAUGGUGGUAAUUGCGAAAAAAAUGUUCGGUGCUCUGCUCUUAACAUAUUUAAUUGUUGGUGUAAUGUAAUGGAAUGACAUUUUAUCCAAAUUUUGUUGUUGUUGUUGUAAUGAUAAGUAAGAAGUUGUUGUCCAUUGAUAUCUAAUUAAUGGUUUGAACACGUAAGAAGUAAGUUGUUGUCCAUUGAUAUCUAAUCAAUUGGUAGUGGGGAUGAAUUGAACACGUAUUUGAACCCCAGGGUAUGUGGUUCGUUUCACACGGAAGGCAAAAACUCCA